CAUCACACUGCAAAUCGCUCAGAAAAGCGCACACACCCCUGGCAUUGAAAAAGUCACUCUUGAUUAUCAAUAAGGACUCCCCCCUUCUUUUUCCCCCCAUUCAUUCAUUCUUUCUUUCUUUCUUUUUACAUAUUACCCAAUUUGCAGUUGCAUGCUAAAGGAAAAAAAAUCUGGGCUUUCUUUUCCUGAAGUAUUAAGGUUGCACUUCAUCUGUUUGCAUAUCUUCUUAGCCAAAUGCGAGUGGAAAAUUUUGUAGCCAGAUCUGAAGCCCAGGUUCAGUUUUUCUAAUAUAUGGUUGAGUAGAGACAGAAAUGGUGGCUGAAACUUGGAUAUUAAAGAUGGGAAAUCAGAUGAGUGACAGUUUAAAGCAUGCUUCGGUUCUUGAGAAUUCAAAAAAGUCAUCAUCCAAGAAACAAGGUCAGCAAGAAAAACAAAUAAUUGGAAUUCUUUCAUUUGAAGUUGCUAAUGUGAUGUCCAAGAUUAUUCACUUGCAUAAAUCCUUGACUGACGUUGAGAUUGUUAAGCUUCAAAAUGAGAUCUUGAAGUCCGAGGGAAUAAAAGCUCUUGUGACUAAUGAUGAGUCAAUGCUUUUAGAGAUAGCCCUUGUUGAAAAACUAGAUGAUUUGAAUAGGGUUGCUAGCGUUGUGUCUAGGUUAGGGAAGAAAUGUACAAUUCCAGUAUUGCAAGGAUUUGAGCAUGUGUAUUUGGACCUUGUUUCUGGGUUGAUUGAGGUGAAAGAGUUGGGAUUCUUGGUGAAGGAUAUGGAAAGUAUGAUUAAGAAAAUGGAGAGGUUUGUCGGUUCCACAGCUAGGUUGUAUAGCGAAAUUGAGGUAAUGAAUGAGCUAGAGGUGGCCACCAAGAAAUUUCAGCAAAACCAGCAUGAGGAGAGUAGGAAGGCUUUCGAACAGAAAUUGAUGUGGCAGAAACAAGAUGUGAGACAUUUGAAGGAUGUUUCGCUUUGGAACCGAACAUAUGAUAAGGUUGUUGAGCUGCUGGCAAGGUCUGUGUGUACAGUCUAUGUGCGGAUAUGUAUAACAUUUGGGGAUGCCAUUUUGAAAAAGGACAUUUUGAAUGCUUCGGUUUCCAGGUCACAGUUUAAUUUUGGUGGAAGUUUACAGCGAUUGAAGCAAGAAUCUGGACAUAAAUCCUGUCAUUUGGAUUUAGACCGAGCAGUUCAAACAAAUGCUAGUUCAACAAAGUCAUUUUCAGCCAAGAGUAGUGGUUAUGGUCAUUCAGUUCCCAUUGAGAAAGGGCAGUCAGAGGAGAGGAGGGUAAAUUUUAGGCCUCAGGUUGAGUUGCACAAAAGUGAAGGAGGCUUGUCUGGUCCUGAGGCUUUCAAUUUUACAUGUGGUAUGGGGCCCGGGAGGAUGUUUAUGGAAUGUUUAAAUAUGAGCAAUUCGACUUUGAAAGUGGACGAUGAUGAUUAUGUUAGUCAUAUUGAUCGAAGCAGUCAAAUUUCAGGACGCUGCAGUGUUUCAAGUGGUGUGAAGAGAGAGCAACUCAAUCUUUCUGGUUAUUCCAUUUGUUCCCUGAACAGUGAUCCUUUCGGUGAUAACCAGAGGCCAGGUAAGUCUGGUUCGUUAAAUGGAGUAAGGUUUGGACCUAAAAGUAGGUUGAUGGCUUAUGCUCCUCCUAGCACUGUUGGAGGCUCUGCUUUAGCCCUGCAUUAUGCAAAUGUUAUAAUUGUCAUAGAGAAACUGCUACGUCACCCACAUCUAGUUGGCGAAGAAGCUAGAGAUGAUUUAUAUCAGAUGCUGCCAGCAAGCCUACGAAAGACUCUGAAGAUUAAAUUGAAGUCUUAUGUAAAAGAUCUGGCAAUUUAUGAUGCGCCACUAGCCCAUGAUUGGAAGGAGAGGCUUAAUGAAAUGCUUAAGUGGCUAGCCCCACUAGCACAUAACAUGAUCAGGUGGCAAAGCGAGCGUAAUUUUGAGCAGCAUCAAAUUGUCACAAAAACAAAUGUUCUUUUGAUCCAAACAUUAUAUUUUGCUGAUCGCGAAAAGAUGGAGGUGGCAAUCUGUGAGAUACUUGUUGGUUUAAAUUAUAUAUGUCGUUAUGAGAAUCAACAAAAUGCGCUCUUGGACUGUGCGAGUAGCUUUGAUUUUGAGGACUGCAUGGAGUGGCAAUUGCAACUUGGCUCUUCAGUUUAUCAUCAAUUUUAAUGUUGACAUUCAUACACAACUAUGGUGGUAAUUUUUAGAACUUUCUUCACUUGUAUUAUAACAUAGAUGAUAGUUCUAUACAUUGCGAUUAUGUCGGAGCUUUGGACACUGAAUAUGUCAAAUGGUCUGUUGUAAGAUGAACGUCGAUAUAUGUAUUUGAUUGCAAGAUGUUGACAAGCUGAAAAGCUACUUUUUAGUGAAGUAUGGAAGACAUACUUCUUAAAAAAGUAGCUAAAAAGCAUCUUUAAAGCAAAGCGAAAUGUGCUUAUCUAUCUAACUUGAGUGGAAAACUUUCAUAUUCUAUUGCCA